AUGACGUCCAGCCAGUCCAGCAGUUUCACGCCUGCCCCCCUUGACUCCGCUUGGCCCCCGGCCCACGUUUGGGAAACCAUGGACGCGGCAGACCGUGCCAGUUGGCUAGGACAGAUACAGAGAGACAGGGCCAGGCGCCUUGAAAUGGAUGUAGCGGAGACAGACCUCCGCCACAGAAGGCCUCGUGGGGACCUGCAAGGUGACGAGAAUCUCGAGGAGAACCUCAAACCACUCAUCGACAUAUUCCCGGGUGUCUCCGCCGCCUUUCUUACUCGUGUCUUCGAGAGGAAGUUGAAGGCGGCUGAACUCAUACGCUUCAAAGAGAAGUCAGCCACCGAGCUAGAUCAGGAGGACAAAAACUUCGAACCGCACCCAAACCACCGGUUCUGGAUCCGGAGCAAGUCAGCAAACUGCCGGACCAAAGGUGAAGACUGA